AUGAGGAGGGAAUCCUUACCAUUAGCCGCUCGUGGUGGCAUCAUCGCGGCUGGCACAAUAGCUGUGACGUCGAUCCUGGCGAGUAUGGGUGCUCGAGGGGAUCAUGCUACAAGGCGUGCGGUGGCAAUGGGCGGUAGUGCUAGACUGCGAGGAACCGGGGGUUCGGAUCACGAAAUAUGUGCGACCCGAAGUCUGAUUGUGCGAGUUUAG